AUGGCGAAACUUAAAAUCGUUGGUGGGCGCCCUAUAACGAUGGAUGAAGCCAUUGAAUUACGACAAACGGUUUUCGGUUCGGCGGCUAGUCCACCACGCGGUGAAUGGACUCGUACCGGGUUCACAUUCGGACCUGCAAGUCAGGAAUAUCCGUACGGUUUAAGGACACCUCGAAAUGCAACCCGAGGCAUGCAGUCUGUGAUUCAGGCGCACAUCAUCAAGCAGUUUAUAUUCGAUAACAAGCCUCGUGAGAAGUCGGUUCCGCUCGAAGAAUUGCUCAAGCCGAACGAAGCGGAGCAGGCACUUUCUCUCUACACGGCAAUGUCGGAUAUUCUGUGGAACAUCGGAGAGAAACUGAAGGCAAUUGUUGCGUUGCCGGGCGAAGCGUCUCACAUUCCCCACAGUCAUGUCUACUUUCAGGAUAACGUCACCGAGAAGCUGUACUUCUUUGAGUUUACCAAAUUAGAAGAUCUGCAGAUAUUUAUGAAGCGCUAUUUGCCUUACUUCACAGAAAAUCCGGGACCCGGAACCCUUCUUUAUCUGUAUAGCGCUGUUUUGACACGUGGCAUGGAGAACAUGCGAAACGACUUGGAUGCACCGAAGGGGGCCCAUCUUAUGGGACCGCAUGAAGAAGGAUCGCUUAACGUUAUCACGCUGUUGCUGACUGGACGUGCGACGCCAUAUCUGCACAACGGUGUCGUAUAUGUUGGAGAUGAGGAUCAUUAUGCCGUGCCGCAAUUUGGUAUUCUAAGCCGGGGAGGCAUUGGACUUCUAGUGUGGGAAGGAGAGAAUGAAGCGAUGCGCUCCGCAUCCCGCAUGCCGGGAUCUCGGCUCAAAACUCCCGCCACGCCCGUGUGGGUCAGUUGUUGCUGCGGCCAUUAUGGGGUGCUGUUCAACUCGAACCGAGAGCUGUUGCGAAAUUAUCACGCCGAGAAGCGGUUUGAUCUGCAUUACUACACCUGUGCCGGUUGUUACCUUUCAAUGACCGUCGAUAAUCGCGGCCAGGACGAGGGCGGUGGUGAUACCGGUGACCAAGAUGGUGACCGGAAGCGUGAUGACAUGAUUUCCACGCCGCUUGAAAGACUUAUACACACAAAAUGGAUGGACGCCAAGAUGACGUAUCAUGGCGCGUUGCCAGCUUCGUUGAAUUUCUAAAAAAUCACUUCAACUAUGGUGUUAUAUUCCACAAAUUCAUUUGAAUUACAGAGUGUAAGCGAAUUUUUCAAUUCUGCAAUAAGCCUACUGU